GGCUGCGCAGGACGCAGCUCCUCCCUCUCUCUAUUUAUUCCUCCUCGUAGCGCAGCGGCCGAGGCUGAAUCACUUCGAACCCAGCGAGCGACGAGCUCCCAGCUGCCAUGGCCAGGCACCUCCUCACCUGCUGCCUGCUGGCUCUGCUCCUGCUCUCCUGGACUGACGUCGCCUUCUCCAAGAAGGGCAAAGGCAAACCCAGCGGAGGGGGCUGGGGCAGCCACCGCCAGCCCAGCUACCCACGCCAGCCCAGCUACCCCCACAACCCGGGCUACCCCCACAACCCUGCCUACCCCCACAACCCAGGCUACCCCCGCAACCCAGGCUACCCCCACAACCCCGGCUACCCCCAAAACCCGGGCUGGGGGCAGGGCUACAACCCAUCCAGCGGAGGAAGCUACUACAACCAGAAGCCAUGGAAGCCUCCCAAGUCCAAGACCAACCUGAAGCAUGUAGCGGGCGCGGCGGCGGCGGGCGCCGUGGUGGGGGGGCUGGGGGGCUACGCCAUGGGCCGCGCCAUGUCGGGCAUGCACUACCACUUCGACAGCCCCGAUGAGUACCGCUGGUGGAACGCCAACGCCGGGCGCUACCCCGACCGCGUCUACUACCCGCAGUACGGCAGCGUCCCGCCGCAGGACGUCUUCGUCGCCGACUGCUUCAACAUCACGGUGACGGAGCACAGCAUCGGCCCCGCCGCCAGGAAGAACGCCUCCGAGGCCGGCACGGCUGCCAACCAGACGGACGUGGAGAUGGAGAGCAGGGUGGUGACCAAGGUGAUCAAGGAGAUGUGCAUCCAGCAGUACCGCGAGUACCGCCUGGCGUCCGGCAUCCGGCUGCACCUCCCCGACUCCUCCCUGGCUGCCUUCCUCCUCGUCACCCUCUUCGUGCUGCACUGAGGAGCUCCCUGAGAUGCCACCUGUGUCCCUAUGGUGGGGGGGGGGAAAGGGGGUUGUCUCCUGAACCACCCCCCUGGUCUUGCUUGCAGUCAUCUUUGGUGAAGAGCCCUAGGAGCAGAUGGGCACCGAGGCUCCCCAGCACCUCCUCCAGUGGCUCCAGUUUUAGGCAACAGGAUUAAAAGUCCCUUCUCCACCCCAAACGUGUCCCUGGUGUGGCAGAGUUGGAUGCCCAAUAGAGUGGCCUUCACCACCUCCUCCUCCUCGGGGUCACCUCGAGAGGGACCAGGCAGAGAGGAGCUCACUGCGUCCUUGGCAAGAACGUUCCCAAAGUUCCUCUUUGCUAACAAGCAGGGUUUUACCUGGCCCCUUUAGACCCUCCAUCACCAAACCCCCUUUCCCUGGGGGCAUGCCACAGUGCUGCACCCCAGCAGCCCCUCACACAGCCCAGCCCCAUGCACCCCCACAGAAAGGAUUUCAGGAGGGUCAGAUAUGGGGGGGGGGGGGGGGGGAGUUUCAAGCAAAAAAGCUGCCAGGUUACAAUUUUAACCCUUCAAGUCUCAGUCCCACCCUUCCUGCUGCACAUCCAGACCUGCCCACACUGCAGCCUGCACUCUGCCUCCUGCAGUGAGACACAAAACUUGAAGUGGUUCUUCUGUUGCUGCAGCAAGGCUGAAGCCCAGACCAGGUUUCAGCUGCCCCUUGCUCUGCUUUGCUUUCAGCUGAGCUUUGCUGUCUGUCUUGGCCUGGCUCAAGGCCAAAAGUGCUGCUGAAUGCUCAAAAAAAGGCCCCCCACCCCCACCCCCUAACCAACCCACCCCCAAAUGGUGACGUUUGGUGUGUUCCACCCUGAGAAAAGCAAUGUUGGAUGUGUUUUGGGGGGACAAGUCCUGCACAGGCUGCGGCAACUUGAGCUGAAGGACAUUAAAACGCGGCAAAAAGGAUGCUCAGGGAGGUCAACGGGAAGCAAGAGACUGGAAUCAGCUGAAGGGGGUGGCUGUGGCAGCAAGGAAAGCAAGCCUGAGGGAUGGAAGAUGCACAGAAGCCACCCCACGCCUGGAUUUGUGGAAGUGAGGGGUGGAAUUCUGGCUCCUCACCUUUGGGUCCACGCUGGGAGGUGGCACCCGCGGAGCCCAGCCUGGCAAAGCAGGUGCCCCGGGGGAGCACCUCUGCAUCUCUUGGCUGUGUUUUUGCAAGGCACUGACGGGCACCAUCCUGCCCGACUUGGUGCGUCGGUGUCAGCUGACUGAAGAGGUCUGCAUCUGUGUAUCUGUGUCUAUAUUUAAACGAGGAGAGAGAGAGGAGAGAGGAGAGAAACCUUCCAGGUUGCCGAGGGGAGAAGCAGGGCUUGGAGGUGAGCGCCCUCUGUGCUUUGUGACACGCAGGUGUUUUGUGACUCUCCCCACGGUGCAUGCACGAAAUUUACCCUCCUCAGCCUUUUCUAAUUGUUCAACCUCUGGUACCAAUUAAAAGGGAUGAACCCAAGGUGCCCUCAGCCUCCUUCCUGCACUCAGCUCUCGCCCAGCCCCGCAGCGCCGUGGACAGAAGAGUGAUUUUCCCCCCGGGCUGUCUCUGCCGCCCCAGCCUGUGGGUGCCUUUGUUCCCUUGCACUGCUAAAUUUGGCCUAAACCUCACCAUUUUCAGUUAACCUUUUCUCCUCCCCUGCUCCCACUAAUGGUAGUGCCUCCAAGCCAGCAAAGGUUUUCUAAUAAGGGCUGAGGUGCUGGUUGGGGUCAGGGAGUUCUCCUCCCCCUAGGAAGUCCACACUCAUUUAUACCUUCUUGUAUUUGCUCCACCUACUUUCUGUCUAAUAAAAGACUUUUUACA